UCCGUCCGCGGAACAACAUCAGGGUUGAACCAACAGUGAAUAAAAUACAUAUUUCGUACAAAGUUAUCCGUUAAAUUGUUUUUGUUAGAUGUACACUUCAGUUAUUUUGCAGCGAGCCGUAGAUAGGAGCUGAAAUGAAGACAGUAGUAGUUGGAGUUGGUGGGAUGACCAAUGGAGGGAAGUCCACACUUUCUAAGAGUCUUCACCAGUUGAUCCCCAACAGCUGCAUCAUUGCGCAGGAUUCAUAUUUUAAAGAUGAUGCUGUGGUACCUGUGGACAGCAAUGGCUUUAAGCAAUAUGAUGUGCUUGAUGCUCUCCAAAUGGACAAGAUGAUGAGUGACAUUAACUUGUGGCAAAGCGACCCUGAAUUGUUCCUGAAGCAGCGAGGCCUGACCCUGGAGCAGCCAUCAGCUAAUAAGGACCUGCAUGUUCUGAUAGUGGAAGGUUUCCUCAUUUACAACUACCGGCCUCUGAAUAUGCUGUUCGACAAAAGAUAUUUUUUGGAAAUACCUUAUGAUGUCUGCAAGAAGAGACGAAGUUCCAGGGUGUAUACACCUCCCGAUCCUCCUGGAUACUUUGAUGGACACGUUUGGCCAAUGUACCAGAAAAACCGCCAAGAGAUGGAGAGCAUCACGUCAGAAAUCGUGUUUUUGGAUGGACUGAAGCCAAAAGAAGAGCUGCUGAGUGAUGUACAUAAAGACGUAAGCCAAGAAAUGGCUAGACUCUGAGGAACACACGGACAUGGACUUACAUUUGAAGACUGUGGCAGCUAUGCCUCUGGAUGUUCUAAAAAAUGUCUUCCUGUGGACUAAUGUGCAACUAAAAGGACCAAGUCAUGUUGUGUGUUUGUGCUAUGUCAAUAAAUUGCAAAAUACGGUAUAUCUAACAUAUUUUAUACAGCGCAUUUUUGAAACCAGCUGUGUAACUCUGCUCCCGACUCAUUCCGGCAUGGACGAGAGAGCUCUGUGGGCGUCUGGUUUCUGUCAUCAGGAAAUUGCAGGUCCUGGGGGUUUAGAGGCGGGGCUUUAUCUGAUCAGACUUGCUUCAGCACACCUUGCAAAUGCACAUCAGAUGGGAGUUUGGAGCCCGACUAAAAUACCUGGGGGGGUUCUUUGUAAUCCUUUACCUGUUCCUCAGGAGAUCUAGCCGCUUGAAAGGAUCCAUAGUUCAGAAAGAGCCCUGGCCAUGUAGUGAUGUCUUAGAGCACACACUGAAGUUGUAAAAUCACACCAUGAAUGUCAGGACCCGGAGGAACAUUGUAAUGAUAUGAACAGGUGUUGUGGCUGGAAUAUUUCUCAGGAGAAAGAAAUGGAACUAAUUGUUUUUUUCCGUCCUCUUUUAUCUGAUUGUUAGAUAUAUUAAUCCUGUCAGCAGGCAGAAUGCAUUUAACUGUAAUAGAAAAGCUAUGUAUUAACACUUUUUAGGUUUCACACAAAAAUGCUGUUGGCAUGGUUGCAGAAGUGUUGUACUUUGUUGUUUGACCUGAAU